UAGCACAGCUUACUGGUCAAAUCUGGAACUGGAACAGUGAAGGGUGUCAAGAGAAAACAUGGGCUAACACUUGGCUUAUUAGUUUGUUUUCAGUAAUAAUUUUGUUGAUAUUUAAUUCCGGUGUAAAACCAAAUUCCUUAACCGUACCUAUCUGUGUUCCAAUCUCCCUCCACUUUUUUUAUUUAUUUAUUUUUAUCGCUGUGCCGUAGGUGUGACCACAGCGCGUCAUCGCUACAGUUGAUUGGUGGUUUGCGGCUGCGUCCGCAUGGCAACGGCGAGCUGUGUACAAGAAAGAAGGCGUAAGUGACCUUUCUGGCGGAGGCGCUGGCUGGGAAUUCAACAUCCAAACACCUGCUGCUGUUCUCCUCUUCGUAAAUACUUCUGUAAAUACUGUCAUACUGGAGACUGCAGGCGGACUGGAGUGGCUUUAAUGCGGUGUGUCGCUGGCGUAGACUGACAGCCAGCUGUAAGCUGCCACCACAGAUCUGUAAUCAUGACGGCAGAGGAGACAAUCGGCAUCAAGGAGGCAGAGGUGAUCAAGCUAAUCCUGGACUUCCUGAACUCCAGGAAGCUGCACAUCAGCAUGUUGGCCUUAGAGAAGGAAAGCGGCGUCAUUAAUGGACUCUACUCCGAUGACAUGCUCUUCCUCAGGCAGCUCAUUCUGGAUGGCCAGUGGGAGGAGGUGAUGCAGUUUAUUCAGCCUCUAGAGGGAAUGGAGAAGUUUGACAAGAAAAGGUUCCGCUACAUCAUUCUGAAGCAGAAGUUUCUGGAAGCUCUCUGUGUAAAUAAUGCCAUGUCUGCUGCCGAAGACCCUCAGAAUCUGGAGCUCUCCAUGCAGGAGGCAGUCAAGUGUCUCCACAGUCUGGAGGAGUUCUGCCCGACCAAGGAGGACUACAGCAAGCUGUGUCUACUCCUCACCCUGCCUCGCCUCACCCACCACGCGGAGUUCAAAGACUGGAACCCAAGCACAGCCCGCGUCCACUGUUUCGAGGAAGCCUGUGCUAUGGUAGCUGAGUUCAUCCCCGCGGACAGGAAGCUGAGUGAGGCAGGCUUCAGGGCGAGCGGGAACCGCCUCUUUCAGCUGCUCAUCAAAGGGAUCCUUUACGAGUGCUGUGUCGAGUUCUGUCAGAGCAAAGCAACUGGCGAGGAGAUCACAGAGGGUGAGGUGCUGCUCGGCGUGGAUUUGCUUUGCGGGAACGGCUGUGAUGAACUGGACUUGUCGCUGCUCUCCUGGCUGCAGAACCUUUCUCCAAGUGCUUUCUCCUGCGCCUUUCAGCAAAAGACCCUGAACAUCCACGUGGACCGUCUGGUGAAGCCCAGCAAGGCCGGCCACGCUGACCUCCUCACUCCGUUAAUCAACCGCCUGUCACCUUGCCCUACAUCACCCUACCACCAGAGGCCUCACUCAGCAGAGAACUACAUGUCCAGAUCCCUCAACCCGGCUUUGGACGGCCUGUCUCAUGGUCUAGCAGCCCAGGACAAGAGAGGCAUGGAGGUGAACAUGAAGUCUGCGCUCAGUCGGAGUCUAGUGGAGAAUAAUUUGCAUCAACAGGAUGAUUCGCCUGAAAGGAAGCACUCACAAGGGCUCGAUGGACCCAACACCACACGCACACCUCUGACCCCUGGAAAAGAUGGCGGGCCACCCUGCAGCACAGAAACAAACGAGCGUCUUGACUCCACGGAGCACAUGCAGGAAUAUUACAGGCAGCGUCUCCGCGUGCAGCAGCAUCUGGAGCAGAAGCAGCAGCAGAGACAGCUUUACCAGCAGAUGCUGCUGGAGGGAGGGGUAAAGCCUCUGGAUGGAGCGCAGAACAACCUCACAGAGACCUUCCUCAGCAGAUCCAUUCAGAAGUUGGAGGAGAUGAAUGUGGGCCUUGACCAUAGAGGAGACGAGGUGAUGACACAUUUGGGCCAGCAGUGGAACGGACUGACGGGGAACAGCAGUGUUUCCAGUCCCAGAACCACCGACACCCGCCACACGCCAGACAACGGGCCACCAAAGGACAAGCCAGGUGGUGGGGUCAGCAGCACCCCUUUUAAGGCCGGGAGCCACAGCUUGCCUUCCCUCAGCGAGUCCCCAGUUCCUGCCACUCAGAGUGCUGAGAGGAUCAGAGGGUCUUGUCCCACAGUCCAAGAUGAUUCUGGCUGCUCUGCUACACGAAACCCCCAAGCGCCGGGGAAGUCCAAAACACAGUUUGUUAAGGUCAACCAGCUUGAGGACACACAGGCGGUACGUGCAGUGGCCUUCCAUCCCUCUGGAGCCCUUUAUGCAGUCGGAUCCAACUCAAAAACCCUGAGAGUCUGCGCCUACCCAGAAACACUGACUAGCAGUGGUUCUGGUGCAGUUAAGCAGCCGGUGGUGCGCUUCAGGAGGAACAAACACCACAAGGGCUCAAUCUAUUGCGUAGCGUGGAGCCACUGUGGACAGCUGUUGGCUACUGGUUCCAAUGAUAAAUUUGUCAAAGUCCUGCCUUUCAAUGCAGACAGCUGCAAUGCCACAGGCCCAGACCUGGAGUUCAGCAUGCACGACGGUACCAUUAGAGACCUGGCCUUCAUGGAGGGGCCUGAGAGUGGAGGAUCCAUCUUGAUCAGUGCAGGGGCUGGAGACUGCAACAUCUACACAACAGACUGUCAGAGAGGACAAGGCCUUCAUGCCCUGAGCGGACACACCGGUCACAUUCUGACUCUGUACACAUGGGGAGGGUGGAUGAUCGCUUCUGGCUCCCAGGACAAGACGGUCCGGUUCUGGGACCUGCGGGUGCCCAGCUGUGUGCGGGUGGUGGGCACAACUCUGCACGGCUCAGGAAGUGCAGUUGCUUCAGUGGCGGUGGAUCCCAGCGGCCGCCUGCUGGCCACAGGUCAGGAAGACAGCACCUGCAUGUUGUACGACAUCAGAGGAGGCCGCAUAGUCCAGACGUACCGCCCCCACAGCAGCGACAUCCGCUCAGUGCGCUUCUCCCCUGGAGCCCAUCAUCUCCUCACCGGCUCUUAUGACAACAAAGUCGUCAUCAGCGACCUUCAAGGUGACCUGACAAAGCCCCUCCCUCAGACGGUGGCAGGGGAGCACUGGGACAAGGUGAUCCAAUGCAGGUGGCACCCCCACGACCGGACCUUCCUCUCCUCUUCUGCGGAUCGAACUGUUGUCCUCUGGGCACCAGGCCCCUGAAUUGUUCACUAAAGAAAGACUGGUUAGCAGCAGCAGCAGCAGCAGGAAGAAGCACAAGGACAGUCCACAUACAUCUCAGCAUGGCGUGUGUAUUCAGGCACAAGUGUGUGUUUCGUGUGCAUACAUCGCGUGAGCAUGUAUGUUUUUUGUAUGUGCUGCUCAGUUUAGGAUUAACUUUGUGUGUGCACAUGUGUGUCUAUAUAGUGCCACAGAUGAUCACUUUAAAGAUCACUCUUGUUUGUGUGUGCGUGUGCACUGGCAUACUACUGUAUGUAUGUGUUUGUCAGUGUGUGGCAUCGUGUAUGCGAGCGAACACAGCGGUCUGACAAUAGGUGUUUGUAUUUGGCUUCAUAGUUUGAGUGAAGUGAAACUAAAAUAAAUUU